GUUUUUCAUCUUUAUUUUGUGAGAAUCUGUUGCACGUACCGAAAUUUAUUGGAGCACGGAUUGAGGAUCGGUGGUCGGACUAUGACGAUUCCUAAUUUUGGUUAUUUGAUGGACAAUGAGGCGAGCUGCUUGCCGUGCACGCCGGAGGAAGAAAAAAGGAUUAUAGAGGAACUAACAAAAGAAGCAGAAUCUAAUUUGAAGGAAGGGAACUUGUAUUACAUUAUUUCCAGCAGAUGGUUUGUAGAGUGGCAGAGAUACACUGGACAAGAUACAGGUGAUUCUUCAAUAGAUGAGCAUCCCACUGGUUCCCAACAUUCAAACGGAUUUCUUUCAAAGAAAUCAGAAAGACCAGAACAAAUUGAUAAUAGUCAUCUAGUUAAGAGUAGCAAUGAUGGUGAAAUUGAUGACCUGGAACUUGUUAGACCACUAGAGGAAGGACGUGAUUAUGUUUUGGUUGCUCAAGAAGUCUGGAAGAAGCUCCAGGAAUGGUAUAAAGGAGGACCAGCAUUACCCAGAAGGUUGAUUUCUCAUGUUGUUCUUCACCAGAACUUUACUGUAGAGGUUUACCCUCUCUGCCUUCACUUGAUUGAUUCUAGAGACAACAGCCAGUCCGUUAUCAGAAUAAGUAAAAUGGCUUCUGUACGUGAGCUUUAUGACCGGGUUUGCUCAUUUGUCAAGCUAGAACCGGAGAAGGUUCGUAUUUGGGAUUACUUCAAUAAGCAGAAACAUUCACUAUUGGCUACUUCCAAUCGUACCCUGGAAGAGAUGAACUUGCAGAUGGACCAGCAUAUACUUUUGGAGGUACAGCAUAAUGGGUUUUGGUCCUCUGGAUUCAGCAUGGACUCGACAGGAAACGAGUUAGCUCUAGUACCAAUUGAACCUUCAAGGUCAUCUGUAACAAUUGCAGGAGGUCCAACCCUGUCCAAUGGCUGUUCAACAGGAUUUGGUUCCAGUUUGAUCCAAGGAAAUAAUUUAAGUUCAGCACUGAUGGAUGUUGAUGAUGGAUAUGGCCCAUCAAGCACUGUCAGAAAAGGCGAUAGGGGAGGGUUGGCAGGAUUACAGAAUCUGGGAAACACUUGCUUUAUGAACAGUGCUAUUCAGUGUCUGGUCCAUACGUCCCCACUUGUUGAGUAUUUCUUGCAGGACUAUAGUGAGGAGAUAAACAAGCAAAAUCCUUUAGGAAUGCAUGGUGAGCUUGCAAUUGGUUUUGGUGACUUGUUGAGGAGAUUAUGGUCCUCUGGGCGGGCACCAAUUGCUCCACGUGUAUUUAAGGGAAAACUAGCUCGUUUUGCUCCCCAGUUUAGUGGGUAUAACCAACAUGAUUCUCAAGAACUUCUUGCCUUCUUAUUGGAUGGACUACAUGAGGAUUUGAAUCGUGUCAAGCACAAGCCUUACAUUGAAACAAAGGAUGCAAAUGAUCGCCCUAAUGAGGAAGUAGCAAACGAGUGCUGGGAAUAUCACAAGGCUCGAAAUGAUUCCAUAAUUGUGGAUAUUUGUCAGGGUCAAUAUAAGUCAACACUGGUAUGCCCAGUUUGCAGCAAAGUUUCAGUAACUUUUGACCCUUUCAUGUAUUUGUCCUUGCCUUUACCUUCAACUCUCACACGGACAAUGACAAUAGCGGUUUUUUUUGGUGAUGGAAGUGCUCUUCCCAUGUCAUACACAGUGUCAGUGCUCAAACUUGGUUGCUAUAAGGAUCUUACUCAGGCUUUGAGUAAUGCAUGCUGCUUGAAAAGUGAUGAAAGCAUCUUACUUGCGGAGGUUUAUGAUCAUCGAAUAUAUCGAUACUUGGAGAAACCUUGUGAUCCAUUAUCUAUGAUAAAGGAUGAUGAAUGUAUCGUAGCCUAUCGACUUCCUAUAAACCACACUGAAUUAUCAAGAUUAGAGAUAGUUCAUCGAAGUAAGGGAAAGGUCACUCUCUCCAGAGCCACGUCGGACCCGAUUAACAGCAAGGAUUGGAAGCUUUUUGGAACACCACUGGUUACUUGUCUGGGAGAGGGCCCACAAACUGAAACCGAUGUUCAAAUUGCCAUACAUAAAGUGCUUGCACCAUUACAGGGAAAAUCAUAUUUUUCUUUAACUCAGACCCAUGCCAACAAAGAAAAUUGUACUGCUCUAGGAGUUGAUGUUGAUCGAACAAACAGCUGCAACCCUCAAUCUGCACUUUGGAGCCAGGCUUCUGACAAUAUGGAAGUAGAGCAGACAUCUAAUGGAGGGUUAUCGUUCCAGCUCUCUGUAAGUGAUGAGAAGGGAUUGAGCAGUAGUCCCCUUGGAAAUGGUUAUCUCAUUGGACCUGGCAAAUCCGUUAGGGUUCUCCUGGAUUGGUCUGGCAGAGAACAUGACUUGUAUGACACAAGCUUCCUUGAGGAUCUUCCUGAGGUUUGCAAAAGUGGAUUUGCCUUAAAAAACACACGUCAGGAAGCAAUCUCUUUGUUUUCAUGCUUGGAAGCCUUUCUGACGGAGGAACCCUUGGGGCCUGAUGACAUGUGGUAUUGUCCUAGCUGUAAGGAACAUAGACAAGCAACCAAGAAAUUGGAUUUGUGGCGGCUGCCAGAGAUUUUAGUCGUUCACUUGAAACGAUUUUCGUAUAGUCGAUAUCUGAAAAACAAGCUUGACACCUUGGUUAAUUUCCCUAUCUACAAUCUUGAUUUAAGCAAGUAUGUGAAGAGUAAGGGUGCUGGUCCUCAAGCACAUGUAUAUGAGCUCUACGCCAUCAGCAACCAUUAUGGUGGCCUAGGUGGUGGCCACUACUCUGCAUAUGCAAAGUUAAUUGAUGAGGAUAGAUGGUACCAUUUUGAUGACAGCCAUGUUUCUCCAGUCAACGAGGAUGGAAUCAAGACAUCAGCAGCUUAUGUAUUGUUUUAUCAAAGAGUAAAACCAAAGAUGGGUGCAGAAGGGUCAUCAAAAGUUCAUUCUCCAAGCUGCUGAAGGUGAUAUCAAGAGUAUGCGUAAUUGCACUUGGCUAUGCAUCUAUGAUGGCUUUGGUGCUUCCUGGGGAUAGCACAAAUUGCUUUGGCCCUACUACAAAUAUUCAUUGUGAAGUAUACAUUAUUUUUGUGGGCUGAAUAACAGACUAGCAAUCCAGUUUUGAUUGAUAAGAUAGGAUAUGAAGUGAAGCUGGUCUAGGAGGAUGCAGAGAGUAUCAUUUGAGUCUCUUUCACGUGUGGGAAUCAGAAGUUUUGAUGUU